CAUCAUGAAUGCUAAAUUAGGGAGUGAUGUUACAUUUCCUGGACCGAAAGUCCAGACAGGACAUACUUCCUUGAAAUGGAUUUACGCUAAUGGCAAGAGUACUUUAAUUUUGACGUUUGUUACUGAGAAUAAUCAACGCAUCGGUCAGCCAUCAAACUGGUACAAAAACCGCAUUACGUAUAAUGCAAACACUCUGUCCUUCAUGUUGAAGAAUAUAAGGGCAAGUGAUGAAGGAACUUACAUAUUAAGGGAAACUGCACAUGGUGCAAUCAUCAGUGUGAAGCUCAUCGUUAACAUUACAGUUGAAAUAGUUGCGGAAGAAGGAAGUGAUGUUAAAAUCCCUGGACCGGGAAAUCCUGAGAAAUAUACUUUGACGAUUUGGACCUUCUCUCGACUCUUGCAGACAUUAAACGUUGUUGAAUUUUCUGGACUGCCCGAUGUAUCCAAAGAUCAUGUCACACCUGAAUAUAAAGACCGAACUGUCACAGAUGCAAGUACUCUUUCCUUUGUACUACAGAAUGUAAAGAAGACAGACUCUGGGACCUACAAAUUACACAACGUGGCUUCAAACGAUAUCUUAAAACAAGUGGAGCUCAAAGUGAUCCAUCAACAAAGUGAAGUUCUGAUCCAAACAAGCCUCAGAUAUCGAGCAAUUCCAGCCUGGGGAACACUAUUAUUGCUUUGACCUGUUCAGUGCCAGUGAAAGUCCUGACUAUCGAGUGGCUUGCAUUUGGAAAAGCCAUUCAUGAUGUGCGAUACAGAUUAGUCAAUAAUAACAGGACUUUGAUCAUUGACAUGGCAGAAGAAUCAGAUUCUGGCACUUACACCUGUAUUGUAUACAGUGAACAUGGCAAAACCAGCAGCUCUUACCAGCUGAGAAUCGAGCGUGAGUGUGUCAAGUUUUCUCUUUAACGUGUAAGAGUGUAGGUAUCUUGUACUUUGCAGUGAUUUUAAGUCUAUGUGAUAUGAGUAGCUUCUCCAAAAUAGCCUCGAUUACAGCAUAACAUGUCCUACAGUGCUUUCAGGAAGCAACAAACAGCUAGAUAAUGGGAAACAUGUAGAUGUGAUGUAUCUGGAUUUCCAUAAGGCAUUUAUUAACAUAAUACUUCAAAACUGACUGCUGAAACAACCUCAGGCAUCCAGCAGAACCUACUGGAAUAGAUAGGGAAUAACUUAACUGCUAAGAAACUGAUAAUAAGGAUCAAUCAACAAUUUUUCUGUUGUCAAGCUGUCACAAGUGAAUUGCUGCAGGGAUCAGUGCUGGAGCCUUAUCUAUAGACAAGCUCAAUCAAUGUUAUGGUGAAGGGAUGGAAGUAUGACUCCUAACAUUUGCACCUGACACCAAGUUAGGUAGCAGAGGAAAUGGUGAGAAGGACAUCAGCAGUUUGUAAAGGGCUUUGGGCAUAAGUCAAAGAACUGCAGAUUCUGUUAGAAACCUGAGUUCUUCUAUUUAUGCUGACGAUAGGGGCAGAGUAAAGGUGAAGGAAUGAACCGAGCAUACAGAGUUGGAACCAAGGGAGAGUAAAAAAGGAUAGGCAAGCACAGAGUUGCUGAUAAAUGAACUGGGAGACAAAUGCUGGGAAGGCUGCUAAUAAGAAGUGUAAAUGGAACUGCUCCUUGGAGCAUCUGGUCCCAGAAUAGCUAACCCAUUUUUAUCUAUGCACCCUUCUCUGUCUU